GGUAUAUUAUUUAGUACCGCGUCACACACCGUAGCCACAACACAAGGAACAGCUAAAUAGUAACUUUAUUAACUCUAGUCUCAAUUCAGACACCGAACUGUGAAUAAAACUCGCCGUAGAAUAAUACAAUUAAAAGCUAAUUUGUCAAAAAAAAAAAAAUUUUCUUUUUCCUAUAAGGAAAAGGCAAAACACUUAAACAAUUCAGCCUUGUCAUUUGUCAAAAAGUGCUAUUUGAUCGAGUGAGCUGUCAACUAUCAAUUAUUGAGCAUAAAAGUAAAAAUAGUGGUACACUAUGCAUGUCUUUUCGCGCGUCGAGAUGUGGUGCAGGCGUCAAGCUGCGGCGGCCAUUUUGCCGUUGCUGUUAGCUGGUUGGUUGACUGGUGAAUCAUCGCAAGCAUUGACUACAUUUGGAAAAAGCAAUACGCAACCACCGAAAGAAAUCGCUCCGACAGCGCCACCAGCUCGACAAUGCAACCGCCAAGCUGAAUGUGCUGGUAUUAGCAGCUCUUCCUGUGUGAGGACGCACUACGAUCCUGUCACAAGAUGCCUAUGUGGAGACAACCUGCCUCCAGUGAAUGGGCAAUGUGAAGCGGUUACCAAAGCUCUUUAUCACGUGUGCGCGAACAGUGACGAAUGCAACGACGGCCUCAUCUGCUUAACACCAAAUAUAACCAGCUCUGCGCCUGCGCAUCUUCGUGUCCACUCGCCACAAGACAAGAUAUGCCUGUGUGACACUGAGAAUGGCUACAGGGAGAAGGAACACUCGUGUAGCGAUGCUGACAUCCUAAGAACGUCAACUAUCCUCAUGAUCUUCGUAACCUGCUUAAGGAAAAUGCUCGUCAACUAACUCAAGACAAUUUCGCACGAUUCAUAUUUAUUAUUAUACGUCUUUAUUGUAUAGUAUAUCGGGAUUGGACAUAAUUGCAAGACAAUAAGAAAACGUAUUUGACUUGAAAUCAUCUAAAAAACAAUUGAUAUAAUUAUCUUUUUUUAUUCUCGCUCGUGUAUCACAUCUAGCCGUAGCUUAAUAGCUGUAUGGCGCAAGUGUGUUCAAUCCUUUAUACUUCAAAUAACAUUAUUUUAACAGCAUUUAAUAGUUUGUAAUAGUAUACUAUUAUUCUAUUUUUGUCAAGUACAUAGAUAUUACAAUAGUAUGGCGAGGAGUUUGUGAAAAAGAGAAAAAAACGAGCUGGCAUGCGAAAUAUUCAGAUUUCAGUUGUUACCUGAUGAAAAAAUAAUUGCAUAAACUUGAAAACAAUUUCUUAAAAGUAAUAAUCAGUAAUAGUAUAAUUUAGACAGUUGAAAAGUAUAACAGCAGAAAACUAUAAAAUUAAAAAAAGAUUCAGACAUUGUAUAAGUAUAUAAUAUCUAUAUAAUAUAAAAAACAAUCUGCAUUAUAAAUUAAUUUAUAAUAUACAUGUAUUUCUCCUAAUAGAUAUAAUUUGAUCUGAUGAAUUAUCCAGUGAAAACUCUUUGCGUUACAAAUUAAUUAAAAAAAAUUAAAAACAUUAGACCUAACGUCACUUGUCAAUGUUGUCAAAAAUAUUUUUUCAUAAAAUAUUAUUUUUUAAUAGGAGUUUUUGGUAUUAAGUAGACAACACAAUAGUAUUCGUGCUUAUUCGCUCACAUAUGUAAUACAUUUUCAAAUAAAUAUAAAUCACUUUAUUAUUAACAUUUUUCAUAGUUUGCAAUAAAAUAAUGCACAUUUAAUAAAGUCCGAAACUACGUGUAUAUAUUACCAAUCUAUCUAAAUGUCACUUAAUCAAAAAAAUAUUUUAUCUGUAGUGAUACUUUUUUAUUUAAUCUAUAUCUAAAAAUAAAACGUAAUUAAUUUAACGAUAAUACGACAUACAUAAUAUUAUGUAAAUAGAUUUACGAUUCAGCACGUUUUGGAUUUAAAAUUAAUAUUAGAUUUAAAUAUUGUAAGGAAAAACCCCACAUUCACGCGAUUGUUGACAGCUAGCUUUGAAAUACGAUUUUGAAAAAAGUAACUAAAGAAAUUUUAAAUUUUUGCGAUAAAUGGCUAGUGAAUCUAAAUAGAAAAAAUAAUUUGACGAUUUGUAUAAUAUUUUUGUUGCAAUUACACGUCAUAAAAAUAAGAACAAUUUGAUUAAAAUUUCACUUAUUAGUUAAAUAUGGAUUGACUAUUUAAACCACAUUUUAAAAGGUAGCUUAUAAAAAGAGUCCGUAAGACAGUAAGGUAUAUAAAAAAACAUUAAAAAAUAAAGGCCAUUAUUGAAUUUUUGACAGUAAAGAAGUAAAGAGUACAAAUAAGUUUGUACAAACACACACACACACAAACAUGUGUGCUAAAAUUUCACUCUCACCCUUCAUAUAGGCGUAAGAAGUCACACAGUGUAGCGUAACUCGGGGUUUUACCAUAUUUAACUACUUAAUCGUUUCAUAUUUUCUAGUUAUUUUUUUUUGUAGUCAAAUGUCCACUCUAACAUUAAGGAUAGGAAACCUCUUUGGUCAGCUUUUAAUUAGUUUUAAUCGUUAUAAUAUUUUAGUAUUAAAUUUCAAUAUUAAUAGAGCUUAUAUCAUCUUACUAAAAGAUUAGUUUAGAGUAGGUGUGUUUCUCUUGUUUAAAUAAAUAAAUUCACACUGCA